CUCGCCGUGCCCGCGUCCCUUCGGCAGUUCCGCGCCACCGGCCUGAGGCUGAGGCGGCGGCGGCGGAGCAUCUGCCGGCGAGUCGAGCGAAGGAGGCUCCGGACCGCCGCCCGGACCGCUUAGGGGCGAAGAUGGCGGAGGGGAGCGGCGGCGGGGCGUCUCCCGGGGUCCCCAUGCCGCCUCCCUCGACCCUGAAGGGGCUGCGGGAGCAAAUGGUUGCUGCAGCUCAAGCAUUAGCCGAAGAAAGAAGAAACCAAGGUGGUGUUAGCACUGUUUCACUCCAGGCCCCAAUAAGCACAAAAGCAAAACCAGUGCUGGAUGGUUCUCUCUUGAAAUCAGAAGAACGUCAGAGACUUGCUCGGGAACGUAGGGAAGAGCGGGAGAAACAGCAUGCUGCCAAAGAAACACAGAUCCUGGAGAAGGAGAAGAAAGCGAAGCUGCAGUACGAGAAGCAAAUGGAAGAGAAGCAGAAGCGGCUGAGGGAGCAGAAGCUGAAAGAGCAACAGAGAAGAGCUGCGGUGGAGCAGAAGCGAAAACAGAAGAUUGAAGAGGAAAAAGUGCAUUACGAAGCUGUGGUGCAUCGAACAUUGGAACGCAGCCAGCGGCUGGAUACACGGCAGAAACGAUGGUCGUGGAGCGGCUCGGUGACAGACUCCAGUGGGAAGGCAGAAGCACCAGCUGUAGCUGAAGUCAACAAGCGCUCUACGUCCGCCCUGAACCUCAAACAGCCUGACCCGGCCCUCCACAAGCGCCUCUCGUCCUCGGCAGCACUUCUCAAUUCUCCCAGCAUAGGAACAGCUAAAAGGAGCUCUUCCCUAAACAGGCUGAAUAACAAAAGUUCUCUGAGUUCUGAGCAAGGACUAGCCAACGCUUUACAAGCAGAGCAAAAAGGAGAACCAGAAAAGAAGAGGAGUUCAUCGCUCAGUAGGGUGAGCAGUAAACUUCCCGAGGUAGAAAACGUGCAGAAAGAAGAAAAAGCUCGCCGUUUGGUCAGCCCCUUGGAGAACGCCUCCGUCAGUCGCCUGCUCGCCCCCACCCAGGCCUCUCUAGCCAGGAGUAAGAGCGCAGCCACCUUGUCUGCUGCUGAGGGCAAAGAUCCCGCAGCUUCCACCAGCUUCCCAGCCCACCUCCCCAAAGUGCCAUUACGUAGUCGCAGCACAGACCGAUUGAAGGGGGCUGCUUGCUUAUCCGAAAACGUCUCCUCGGAAUCUGCACAGAAAAUUGAGCCAGCCAAGCAGCCCCCGUCGUCUUCAUCAAGGAAGCGAGCUCCUUCACCCUCUCUGCCGAGUUCCAGGCGCUCCGUCUCACCCGGGAACGCGGGAAAACUCCCUCCGUCUCCAGCAACAAUAAGGCGCAGACCACCGCCCUCUUCCCCGAACGUCUCGCGGCAGCGGCAAUCUUCUCCCAUGAUGGCCUCUAAACUGGCGCCGAUUCAGCGCCUGCCGCUCACCCCGAACGUCCUCGGCGUUACCAAAAAGAAAAGCGACGAGGAGAGCAAAGCCAACGACGCGGCCCCCCAGGAGCAGGGGGCUGCUGGGCCCCCCUCAGAGAAAGAGCCGCCUGCGGGUCCUCCUAAAACCAAAGAAGAUGCAAGUGGCAAAACUUUUCCAGGGACCACAACCGCUGAAGAAGCGUCAAAGAUCUUGGCAGAGAAACGCCGCCUUGCACGGGAACAGCGAGAGCGCGAAGACCAGGAAAAGCUUCAAAGAGAAGAGGAAGAAAGGAUCCAGAAAGAGCAGCUGGCCAGGAUAGCCCAGGAGAAGCAGGCGCAGGAGGAGGCCGCCCUCCAAGAGAUGGAGGAGCUGAAGAGAGCGGAAGAAGAGGAGCUGCAGCGGCUGGCCGAGAAAGACCGGAUUCAGAGGGAGCAGGAAGAGCAGGAGAAGCAGGCGGAGCUUCAGUUGCAGCGGGAAGAAGCUGAGGCGAGGGCCUUCGAAGAGGCCGAGAGACAGCGGCAAGAACGGGAGCGGAUCAUGCAGCAGAACCUGCAGGAGAGGCUGGAGAGGAAGAAGAGAAUUGAAGAAAUAAUGAAGAGGACCCGGAAGGCCGAGCAGAGCGAGGCGAAAAACGAAGACAAGUUGAAUGAGGAAGACGACGAGGGUGUCGAAGAAGACGAGGGCGUCGAAGAAGACGAAGAGCAGGACCUUGAAAAGCAAGACCAGCCCGAAAAGCCAAAGGGCGAGGACUCCUCUCUGGAAGACGGCUCAGAGGCCCUGCACCAUUGGACUUUGCUUCAAGAAGGCUCGACAAUGGGAGCCGACGACGUCUUCAUCAACGGGAAUAAGCAGGAGGAAGAGGAAGAGAGGAGGGGGGAUGGGCACUCCCUGUAUUUCAGCCAGUUGGUGGAAACCAGUAUUCCAGCCAAAGGAAAGGUCGUUGAGAACUCGGAAAUCCUGCACGUUAAUGAAGCCGAUCGCUCCAUCGGAUUUCUCCCAAACUUCAAUGGAAAACCUUCCGGGUGGAAUUUUGAAGAAAUCAUUGAUCUUGGGAUGCAUCCUAAGACGGCCAGGCUUAGUUCGGAGAGCAUCGCUGCUGAUAUGCCCGGCCAGAAUUUUAGAGAUGGCGCCCAGUUGCCAGCAAGCCCAAAGCUGGCUUUUGAGGAGGACGCUGGUGUGAAUUGCUUGACCAAAUCGAUCGAGGCGGCAUCAGAACUGUGAACACUACGAUCCCGGAAGGCUCCUGACAGCCAAGCGAGGAUGCCCAGGUCUCCUCCAGACAGGAAGGCCUCGAUCUGAAAAAGCUGCUUCUCAACUUCACCUCCACGUUUCUCUCGGCGUCACCCACAACGGCCCACCUCCACCCAUCCGAAAUGUUUGGCAAGGCAAGAGGGGUGGGGGUCAUUUCGCUGUUGCUUUAUCAGCCCUCUUUAACAAGAUUUGCUUUUUAAAAAAAACAAAAAAAACAAAUACACAUUGUUCUCCUUUGGCUGAAACGUUCAGGCCGUUGCAGUUGGUCUUUAAUAUUCCUCCCUGUUUGCCAGUAACAAGGUGGCUUGUACCAGAGACUUAACGAGCUAGCAUUUGCCCUGGACACAGUAUGCAAGGUAACACGGUUUAAUCUGAUGUAUAUUAAAAAAAAAAAAGAGCCAAUGUCAUGCGCUUGUCGCUCUCCCCUCGCGCUUGUUUUGGGGAGCGACGGUUAGUUCGAAUUUAACUUGAAUAUCUGAAAACACAGCACCUCAUUCUAGAACGAGUCAGAUCAUUUCGCAGCUUAAAAAGAAAAGAACACCCACCUUGGUUCUCUCUACCAACACUUGAAAACCGGGGCUUGUUCCUGAUGGAUGGGGGAUUUUCAAUACUCAACAGGGCACCCCAAAGUCAGACAGCGCUCCAUUCUGUUGCCUUAUGCAGUCUCUCUGGGGCCAGCUCCCUCUCUCCUCAGUGUUGCAAGGGGAGCUCGAUGGAGACCACUCCCAGUGGGCUCACCAGCAGGAGGAGGGGUGCGAAGAGCAGCCCUAGGACCCAGGGUGCGUGUUUGUGCAGGGUGUAAGGAAGGAGAGCAAGCCUAGCUGAGGCCUCUAGCUGCAGAAACCCCCAGGCCGCCUGCUUUUGGAGGGGGCCAGAGCCUCUGACCUUAUUUGCCUUUUUUUUAAUUAAUCGACCUGUGUCCUAGCAGGUGGCCUUCAGUCAAGCCGCUCUGUGGCUUUUUUAAGCUAUCGCACACCGCAGCAUCACCGUCCGGUUUGCCACGCCGAGCGUCUCUCCUGCUCGUUUAUUUGCAGGCUUGGGUGGGUGGGGGGGGAACAACCAUACCGCCCUAAAAUCCGUAGCAGCCCCAGCAGGAGCGCUUGGCACAUCCCCGCCCCGUUGGAUGGUUGGUGUUUCAAACCACGAAACCAUCCCAUGGUUUGAAGUUGAACCUCCAUACAUGUAAGUAUUAUUCGUGUGAAGACAAUACCAGUAUUAAACCCUUUGAAGGUGCUUGUUCCUCUCUGGCCCGUGCGAAUUGCACUCCAGGUUUUCCCCUUCUAGCUUUCAUUCACCGCUUGCCUCCAGCCGUGGAAGCUGAGGCUACGUUUUCAGCCCAGCUGCUCGGUUUUUCUCUUGCAAAAGAAGGAAUGAAGCUUCUGCAAACACGUCCUUCUUCUCCCCCCCUCCCCAAUUCCCAAUCUCUGGAUGCCCCUCUUCAAAGCACUGUUCUCUUGAAACGACUGUGAGCCACCCCACCCCACUCCUUCCUACGCUACAAGCCUGCUCCUCAACCUCUUUUCAGCCCAGGGGCUCCCUGUGGAACUGUUCCGGGCACGCAUACUCCCUCCCUCCCCAUUCAGUCACCCAGCUGUCAGUCUCUGUCCUCUCGUCCCGGCAGUCUCCCCCCUCACCAAGGUUUUAGAAUGAUUGCCCAUAGAGCAGUGCCUUAGGUGGAACUAACACAUGUUAUUUUUAUACAACAGCUCUUGGAUUCCGACAGAGACAAUCGUUCUAACACGCAUGCAAUGACGCUCCUAUUUUUCUGCGCAAACUGAGGCCCAUUGAAUGCUUUGUUAGUUGUAUGUAAAUACAUAUGCACUGUUAAUAAACUUUGCAAUUGGAAGGAC